CGCGUAAUGGACAAGAAAGUGUCCACGGCAAUGGCGAGGGGAGGCCGGAACUAGUGUGCAGGCGGAACAAGAAGCAACGAGCUGGGAAAAGAGAGGGAAAUUUAAACUGUGGACACCUCGUCUCGAAACAGCCGCCUUAGCACGAAAAGGCUAACGCAGAUUUUGAACGAAAGUAUUCACUAUAGACGUAAGAUUUCUGUUCUGACGAUAAUAACUCGUAAUGUGACAGAAUGGAGUUCGGCAUCGACCAGCUUUCAGAAAGCCCCUCCAAAAACAGCUUAACGGGGAGCUACUACAAGAUACUGUCAAUCCCAAGAGAAACGGUGCUGCCCCCCAAAGAUCCAAACCCCCCAAUCGACAGUCCCGGGCUUCAACCAACUAAACAGAACAGCCAGGCUCUCGUGGACGCACUGAGGACCCUUCAAAAACGCCUGGAAACGGAGAAGAGCUACGCGCAGUACUCGCGCGAUGCGAAGACGCAGGAGCCCGUGGCGAUGGCAACCGGCCUGCCUGUGACUGAGGGCGAUAACAGGAGCGAGCUGGACAACAAGCUGCAGUCCGCCGAGUCUCGCUGUAAGAGCAUCGAGAGGCAGCUGGACUACAUGAGGAGGAUUGUGGAGGGCACAAGGGUGGACAACGAGGCGCCGAUGAACAAUCAGGGGUUGCCACAGAUAGUCCUACAACAGCAGGAGAAGCAGCCAACCAACCCAGACAACCAAAAUCCCCAGCAAAAGCUGCAAAAACUUGAAUCGGAGUGUCUCAAACUGAGCAGAACACAAAACCUGUCAGAAAUGAAGCUCGCCGUCCUGGAGCAGAGGCUUCUGAAGGAGGAACACGAGCGGAAACUCGUACAGGAGAAAGCAGGCCAGCUGCAGCGAGAGUUGGACCUCAACCUCCGACUGUGUUCUCCACCUGCUGUUCAGCACACGAAGCCACAGAAGGCUCCCCAAAAGGCCACUCUUAAACCGCCCUCGCCGAUUGAGACGGUGUCACCCAGGCACAAAAGGAUUCCUUUCGUGGCGGGAAUGUCGACCAGCCCGAGCCACUCGGUGCACGCCAAUGUGCAGAGCAUCCUGCACAUGAUGAAGCACCACCAGCCUCAGCUGUGCGAGCGGGUGAGCGCCCUGCACCGCUCGGGCUGCGGCGCCAAGAAGAGCCUCCGCAUGGACGGCCAGCCGGCGGUCAGGCCAGCCCCGGAGCCGCAGCCGGACGCGCCGUCGCUGGGGUCUCUGUCCGACCUCCUCCUGGCCCUGCAGGACGAGCUGGGGCAGAUGGGCUUCGAACAUCAGGAGCUGAUGCGACAGCUCGAUGCCAGUCAGCACGUGGAGCAGAGGCACGAAUUGCAGAAAGAACUGGAAAGUAUGGAGGCCAGGAUGGACAAAAAAGGAGCGCAGAUCAUUAAACUGAGGAAACACCAGCAGACGGUCAACAAGUUGACCCAACAGCCUCGGGUCACCGUCAAAGCGGCCAAGAAGCCCAACGCGCCACGGCCGUCGUCCGCUUCUCCCAUCAGGAGCAAGCAGCAGCAUCAUCAUCACCAUCACCACCAUAACAGGCCGAGCAGCGCGGGUCAGCAGAACCUACACAUUCUCAGGGAGACACAGAAGCUGCGCAACAGCCUCAAACAAGACGACAUUUGCUGGGAAGUGUAAUCGAGAAUGUUUUGGGUUUUUUUAACUGUCAUUGUACAUUUUUAAUAAAGCUUAUUUUUGACAAUUUA